AUGGCCCAGCCCGCCGAGGAGAUGGAGACCAUAAUCCUGACACAAGGACUUCCCCGAUCGGUGGGUGAAGAUCGGCACAAUCUGGACCCCGACUUCAGAGGCAGUUCAUCGACUUCUUACGGAACAUGCGGAAGGUCUUCGCCUGGUCAUUAUGACGACAUGCCCGGCAUAUCACCCGACGUCAUCAGCCACAAGCUCAGCAUCUCCCCGCCCACACACCAGUCAGGCAAAAGCGGCCGAUCGUACGAUGAGAACGGUAUGAGGCGUGCGCGCCGAAGUCGACAAGCUCAAAGCCAUCGGCUUGUUGAACGGAAGCUACGUACCCUGUUUGGCGGCCAACUCAGUCAUGGUUCGGAAGCCAGGGGAGGAUGGCGAAUGUGUCAGGAUUAUACCGGCUGA